UUUAUUAUUUUCCAAAAAUAAAAAACAAAAACUAAUAAGAUUAUUCGUCUUUAUUUGAAAUUAUCCCACGUCAGCAGAAGGCCAAAACCACACAACUCCCAAUUUUCCAGAAAAAAAUAAUCGAAUGAUAAUAAUAAAAAAAAAGGGAGGAAGAAGAAGAAGAAACCAUACAACUCCACUGACCCUGAGCUUGAGCUCUCCGGCAGUUGCAUUGCAGAAUCAGGAACGCGACGAAGGCGGAGAACUGAUCCGUUGGGCUCGAUGGCGGACGGGAAGGAGCGCGCCAUGGAAGAGAUCUUACUGCCGAAGCAGAGGGAUAACAAGGCCUCUUCAACGUCCAUGGAUUCUUUCUUUCAUGAGGUGAAGAAUGUGGGAUUCUUGGCGGCGCCGAUGGUUGCCGUCACUUUGUCGCAGUUUUUGUUGCAGAUGAUCACCAUGAUGAUGGUCGGUCAUCUUAGCGCACUGGCUCUUUCUAGCACCGCCAUGGCCGUUUCCAUAUCUGGAGUUACAGGCUUCAGUGUUAUCUUAGGCUUGUCCAGUGCCCUCGAAACUCUAUGUGGACAAGCUUAUGGAGCUCAGCAAUAUCACAAACUUGGAAUUCAGACUUACACUGCUAUAUUUUGCAUCAUCUUAAUUUGCAUUCCUCUAUCUCUAUCUUGGAUCUUCUUGGAAAAGCUACUCAUUUUCCUUGGCCAAGAUCCUCUGAUUUCGCGCGAAGCUGGAAAAUUCAUUGUUUGGCUGAUUCCUGCACUCUUUGCUUAUGCAUUUCUUCAACCACUGGUGAGAUAUUUCCAGGCACAAAGUUUAGUAAUCCCCAUGGUCGUUUGCUCUUGCAUCACUCUCUGCUUCCACAUACCAUUUUGUUGGUUCAUGGUGUACAAGUCUGGACUCAGUAAUCUGGGAGGAGCAUUGGCUAUGAGUGUGUCAAAUUGGUUGAAUGUGAUUUUGCUAGCAUUAUUCAUGAUAUUAUCGCCUAAAUGUGAGAAAACUCGUGGAGUCAUUUCUAUGGAGCUAUUUCGAGGAAUUCGAGAGUUCUUUGGCUUGGCAAUUCCUUCUGCGGUGAUGGUCUGCCUUGAAUGGUGGUCAUUUGAGCUGCUUAUCUUACUAUCUGGGCUGUUGCCGAAUCCAGAGCUUGAAACUUCAGUUUUAUCUGUUUGUCUCAAUACAAUUGCAACUCUUUAUUCGAUACCAUAUGGAGUUGGUGCUGCAGGAAGCACAAGAGUUUCCAACGAACUAGGUGCUGGGAACCCGCAAGCGGCUCGUCGAGCGACUGGUGCUGUUAUAUUCCUUGCCAUUGUGGAAACCUCAAUAUUAAGCACAACGCUUUUUGCUCUUCGCCAUGUCUUUGGUUAUACCUUCAGCAAUGAGAAGGAUGUUGUGGCUUAUGUGGCGUCUAUGGCACCUCUGGUUUGCAUAUCCGUGAUGUUGGACAGCAUACAGGGAGUCCUUUCAGGCAUUGCUAGAGGAUGUGGUUGGCAGCACAUUGGUGCUUAUGUAAACUUAGGGGCCUUCUAUCUUUGUGGGAUUCCAGUUGCUGCCAUUCUUGCUUUCUGGGUGCAGCUGAGAGGAAGGGGUCUUUGGAUUGGCAUACAAAUUGGGGCUUGUGUACAAACCAUGUUGCUCGCCUUCAUUACAAGUCGUAUAAAUUGGGAAGAACAGGCAAUAAAGGCAGGUGAAAGGCUUUCUGUUCAUGAGGGAAGUUAUUCGGAAGUUCAUGGAUUUAUAUGAUGGAGCAAACAGAUCAUUCUCAAACAAUGAGUAUUGAUUUUUACAUAUUUCUUUAUCAUAUAAAUUAUGUGUGAGAUUUGUGUUCCAAUUUUGUAUGUUAUAAAUUUUGUUAGACGAACUUUUAAAAUUUGGAACUUAUUAAGAGAGUAGAGAGUGUUUGUCACUAUGGUGACAUUUUUAUUUUUAUAGGUUUAACAUCGACAUGAAGAGUAAAUU